AUGGAUUCCAAUGCCCCUGUCACCGUUGACCAACAAUUGGCGCUACCACAAUACAACGAACUCAUCAGCAACCCCCUCGAAAAAAUAACUCUGAACGUUGGUGGCCAUAAAUUCACUACAACAAUCAAUAGUCUCACCACCAAGAGUUUUCUUUUCAAGCUGCUUCUACAAGGUGAUUGGAAGUCUUCUUUGCAUGAAGAUCAAAGCAUAUUUAUCAACUCCAACCCAGAAGCAUUCCGGCACAUUCUCCAGUAUCUGCGGCGUGGCGUAUUCCCACUGAUCUAUGACCAGAAGAAGGGACAUAACUACAAGCUUUACGCCGACAUCCUAGCCGAGGCCAAACAUUUCGGCAUCCCCAAGUUAGAAUGCUGGCUCACCGAUCAGCUGUACUUGCGCUGCAUCACCAGCUCAACAGUGUGGAGUUCCGCAUACAAGAAUGAUAGGAUUCAGACUGGGUUCCAGACGACGUCAACACCGCCAAGACACCUGUCUCUCCUCACCUUGCCGAGGAUGGAAACCCGUGCCCCAGGCGGUCUUGCUACCUUUCUUUGGGAACAAUGCAGGAUAACGUCGAGAAAUAUCGUUGGGCCGAAGUUGGUAGAUCGAUCAGGUUCAUUCAAGGAUGGUGUAGUGACUCAGGGUAAGUUGUUGAGUGUCACAAGGCAAAGGCCAACCACCCGCGACCACGACCAACAACACUGCCAAUAUCACCGUAAGGAGGGGUAA